CCUGCGUUGACCAAUUAGAACGCUCCCUGAUUGUUUAGCUCCACGGGCUGCAGCGCCGUCCAUGAAUCUCUAUUCAGUGUCUCAAAGCGUCCUGCUGCUGCCUCUCAACCGAAUGGGAUUCCACGUAGGCAUUGAGACAUAAUCUAAAGUUUAGAAAGUAUUUUAAAAGUUUAUUUUUUUUUUGUUAUUAUUAUAAUCACUGGUAGUAUUUUUCAUUAUUAUUGUUUUGCCCGCUGUUAGGUUAUUCUAGUUAGACGUUUUGAGCGUGGAUGCUGUGGAGAGCUAGUGAUGGACCCUGCAUUUUCCAAACGGAACACGGCGCUGAGAUUAGUUGACUUGGCAGGGGCUCACCACCAUCAACAUCAUCACCAUACCCCUGAGAGCAUGACAGGCUUCCCGGGGUUCAGCAGCCAUCCACACUCAAUGGCACACAUGCACCCUGGGGAGAUCAUUUCAGAACCCCGCCUGGGGCCAAGUCCAUUCGGGCCAGAACACAUGGCGCAUUCCUCGGCCCUCAAACUCAGCCCAGCCCAUCAUUAUCCCCACCACCACCACCAUCAUAAUCCUCAUAUGGCAGGCCACAACGAAGUGAUCUCCAGUCAAACGGGAGCUUUUGGCCCUGUGCAGGCUGCAGCGGUCCCAUAUCCCAUGUCUCACACAGCCCAGGCAUUAUCGGCAGGCAGGGAUUUCUUUUUACGCAGAGACCUGACAGCUCCAGCAAUGCCAGGACUUACUGAUCCGGGUACAAGUUCUCAUCACGGAAUGUUUGUCUCAACAACAGGUAGCUACCCUGGACUUCAUCACCCCGAAGCUGGAAACCAUACCCUCUUCUCUGGACUCCACUACGAACAGUCUUCUCACACAGCUCCAGGUGGCCACGCUUUGAAUGGACAAAUAAGGUUAGGGAUACCUGGAGAAAUGUACGCUAGGGCUGAUCAUUUCAGUCAAGUGGCAAGUUCCAGGACUGAUCUGUUCACUGCAUCCCCUCUGCACGGCUAUAGUGGCAUGAAUCUGAAUAUGAAUUUAAGUGGUCACCACCACGGACCCGGCGCUUUUUUUCGUUACAUGAGGCAGCCGAUCAAGCAAGAACUUAUUUGCAAGUGGAUGGAAACAGAACAAGCUCCGAAAAUUCUUUGCUCCAAAACAUACAGCAACAUGCACGACCUGGUAACGCAUGUCACAGUAGAGCACGUUGGGGGACCUGAGCAAGGUAAUCAUAUCUGUUUUUGGGAAGAGUGUCCCAGAGAAGGAAAACCUUUCAAAGCCAAGUAUAAACUUGUAAAUCAUAUCCGAGUACACACCGGCGAGAAACCGUUCCCAUGCCCAUUCCCUGGCUGUGGCAAAGUAUUUGCAAGAUCCGAAAAUCUCAAGAUACACAAAAGGACUCACACAGGAGAAAAACCUUUUAAAUGUGAAUUUGAUGGCUGUGAUAGACGUUUUGCUAACAGCAGUGACAGAAAGAAGCACUCCCACGUGCACACCAGCGAUAAGCCAUAUAACUGCAAAGUGAGAGGCUGUGAUAAAUCCUACACACACCCCAGCUCCCUACGAAAGCACAUGAAGGUGCAUUGCAAGUCUCCACCUCCGAGCUCUGGCUAUGAGUCCUCCACACCUUCUCUGGUUUCUCCCUCCUCGGACUCAGGUCGAGACCCAGCUUCCUCCACUCACUCCGAGCCCCUCUCUUCCUCCCAAGCAGCCAACUUGAGUGAGUGGUACGUGUGUCACAGCACAGGGGCAAGUGGGAUCCCAACCCCUCCCAGCAACUCUUCUUCACCUGACCCUUUGGAUGAGCCUCCAUAUAGAAACUCUGCACACAGGAAUACAUUUUAAGUUAUGUUCUAAGACAACUCCAAUGCAUACGUUUUGCAGAUGCUAAAGAAGUUAUCAGAAACUGUUAACCACUCAAUGCUUUGUCAAAUCUUAUAUACACAGAUAUGAGGUAAUGCACUGGCACAUAAACAAUUGAUAGUAAUAACACAAAAUAAUAAUAGUAUUUAAAAAAACGCUGCCAAAUGAGACAAAGUUGUUUUUUCUUUUAGUUCUGUUUAUUUGGCUAAAUCUCUGUGGACUAAUGUGUAGUGCCGGACACUUUCUAAACUUUUUUUUUUUUUUUUUUUAACUGAAUUAUUGUUUAUUUGAUCAAAUUUAUGUAAAUUCUGUUUUUGCUUUGCCUUUGGUCAUAAUUUAUUUUUCAACUUGACAUACACAAUUUUUUGUAUUAUUGAACCAAAGUGUUUUUGUUUUUUGUUAUUUUCAAUAGAGGAUAUUGUACAUUUGUAAAUGGUGGUGUUCUUAUGUCAAUGUAAAGUGCUAUCUUUUCAGUUGUUUUGGAACAAAUAAAUAUUUUUUAUUGUUUGUUACUGGUUUGUAUAAAAAUUUAAUGAAAUAUGACUUAUUAAUGUUUUUUUUUUCUUCUACUGUGUAUAUAUUUUGCUUUCAGUCUGUAAUAAAUUAAUGGGUACUUGCUAGCCUACACAUUAUGCUUUAUGGUAAUUUACCAUAACAAUUAAUUUACUUUUUUUUUAUUAUUGAAUACUGUUUUUUGUGUGUUUUUGUGUAAAUGUGGGUAAUGAAUUACUUUUUAUUUCUUUUUUUUUUUGCAUAAUUAAGAAUGCAACAAUGUGUAGCUCCGUGCUACAUUGUGAAGUCAAGCUGUUCAACAGAGUUCUGAAUGUGUACCAAACUGCCUUGUAUUUUGUCAGUAUUUUAAAUAAACCGUAUACUAUAGUGAUAGUAUUGUCAAAACGCACAAGAUGUAUCAUGUAAAGUAAAAAUAAAAAUUGUUAUAGAAAAUGUC